UACCAUAUCUUUUUUUUUUUUCUUCCAGUUACCAUUUCUUCAACUGCAGAAAAAGUAAUCUACCUUGUGAUUUUUCAUCUAUCAUUUGCAAUGUUUGUGUGGUCCUAUUGGAAGACAAUUUUCACAUCUCCUGCAUCGCCCUCUCAUGAGUUCUGCUUAUCAAAAGCUGAUAAAGAACAAUAUGAAAAAGAGGAGAGACCAGAAUCCCAGCAGGAGAUUUUGAGAAGAGCUGCUAAAGACUUGCCUAUCUAUACGACAACAGCAUCGGGAGCUAUCAGAUACUGCGAUCGAUGCCAGCUAAUCAAACCUGACCGCUGCCACCAUUGUUCUUCAUGUGACAUAUGUGUACUCAAAAUGGACCACCACUGUCCAUGGGUGAAUAAUUGUGUGGGAUUUUCUAACUACAAAUUCUUCCUUCUGUUUUUAAUGCAUUCCUUACUGUGCUGUCUGUUUGUUGCUGCUACAGUCUUGCAGUACUUCAUAAAGUUUUGGACAAUUGAAUUGCGAGAUGCCCAUGCAAAAUUCCACGUGCUAUUCCUUUUCUUUGUGGCAGCCAUGUUCUUCAUCAGCAUACUGUCACUCUUCAGCUACCACUGCUGGCUAGUUGGCAAAAACAGAUCAACCAUAGAAACAUUCCGUGCACCCACAUUUCGAAAUGGCCCUGAUAAAAAUGGCUUUUCUCUUGGAUGCAGCAAAAAUCUGAGGGAAGUUUUUGGAGAUGAGAAGAAGUAUUGGCUACUCCCUAUCUUUACCAGUUUGGGCGACGGGUGUAAUUUUCCAACUCGUUUGGUGAUUAUGGAUCCAGAACAACUUACUGUCUCAAGCCAAAAUGAACCUGCCAAAAGCCCCGGAGCCAAUCAGUCCUUUCCCACUCGGCCACUCAGUGAAUCACAAAAUCGAUUGCUAGCCAAUGACAGUCAGUGGGUGGAGAGUGGCCCUGAAGAGGAGAAUGUUAAAACAGGUGCAAAAAAGAAUAUUAUAGUUUCAUUGGAAAGCUGAUCUCAGCUUAUUACUAACCAACCAUCUCAGUGAGAAACAGGUUUCUACAACACAUUUUGUGCUUGAAUAUUACUUAAUUCUGUUUGGAAGAAGUUGAUCAAUAAAAUAUGGAACAUGAACAUUUUAGGAAGAGACAAUUACAGUUUCUGCACAGUACAAUGGAUUCUUGUAAGCACUAUUGCAGAGCAGGGAAGUUAAGACAGAUGCCUUAAGAUUCUCAACGUGCAUUUAUGCAACACUGAGUUAUAUACUGCUACCAAAGGGCCAAAUCGUGAAGUGCCCUGCUGGGAUGUACAAGGUCCAGAGUGGGAACUAUGCAUUUCUGUUAUGCUGCAGUGGUGGGGGUACAUCCUCCCUCCCCAGGGGCAAACUUCAAUACCUUAGGCACUGCA